AUGAUUCACAACGCCAAUAUGGCGGUCGCUGGCUCAUUCGUGGGCAGGCGAUUCCGCUUGGAAGGCUCCGGCCACCCCAAGGAGCGAAAGGGGUCCUACUUCUUCACUGAGAUCCGUGCUGGACUGGCGACCUUCUUUGCGAUGGCUUACAUCAUUUCCGUCAACGCUACCAUCGUGUCACAAUCUGGCGGCACCUGCGUCUGUUCGCCGGAUAGUCCGGAUCUUUGCGACAGCGAUCCUGAUUACAUGCUUUGCGUUGCAGAGGUGCAGCGCGAUUUGGUCACAGCAACGGCAGCUAUCGCAGCUUUGACUACCUUCUGCAUGGGUCUGUUCGCAAAUAUGCCCAUCGCUCUAGCACCUGGAAUGGGUCUCAACGCUUACUUUGCCUAUACCGUCGUUGGAUAUCACGGAUCAGGUCUCGUUCCAUACUCUGUGGCUGUCACUGCCGUCUUUGUCGAAGGCUGGGUUUUCGUCGGCUUGACGAUCCUUGGACUACGACAAUGGCUGGCUCGAGCAAUCCCUGCAUCGAUCAAACUCGCCACGGGCGUUGGUAUCGGUCUCUAUCUAACAUUGAUUGGCCUAACUUACAGUGCUGGUAUUGGCGCUGUCACUGGUGGCACGGCUGUUCCACUUGAGCUCGGAGGCUGCAAACCAGAGUUUCGCGAUGAAUUUGGCAUCUGUCCGCCUGGCGCCAGAAUGCGCAAUCCGACUAUGUGGAUUGGUAUCUUCUGUGGAGGCUUCCUCACCGUUAUUAUGAUGAUGUUCCGGGUCAAAGGCGCCAUCAUCUUCGGCAUCCUGCUUGUCAGCAUCAUUUCAUGGCCCCGCGGCACUGAAGUCUCAUAUUUCCCCUACACGCCCCUGGGAGACAGUAUGUUUGAUUUCUUCAAGAACGUUGUUACAUUCCACCCCAUCAAACGGAUCUUAGUCGCCCAGGAAUGGGAUAUCUCGGGAUAUGGUGGACAGUUCGGGCUCGCUUUCAUCACAUUCCUCUACGUGGACAUCCUUGAUUGCACGGGUACUUUGUAUUCGAUGGCCCGCUUCUGUGGAGCUAUUGAUGAGAAGACACAGGACUUCGAAGGUUCCGCGGUGGCUUAUCUCGUUGAUGCCAUUGGUAUCUCGAUCGGAGCCCUAUUCGGCACACCCCCAGUUACGGCAUAUAUUGAAUCCGGUGCCGGUAUUUCGGAAGGCGGCGCAACUGGACUGACAGCCAUCGUCACGGGACUUUGCUUCUUCAUUUCUAUCUUCUUCGCGCCGAUUUUCGCCUCGAUCCCACCCUAUGCAACCGGUACGGUCCUUAUCAUUGUAGGGUCGCUGAUGGCCAAAUCAGCCGCUGACAUCAAUUGGCGCUAUAUUGGAGAUGCAAUCCCAGCAUUCCUCACUAUUGCUAUCAUGCCAUUCACAUACUCGAUCGCGUACGGUUUGAUUGCCGGUAUCAUCUCCUACAUCGUCAUCAACACGAUUGUGUGGAUUAUCGAGAAGGCAUCUGGUGGUCGCAUCAAGCCUGCCGACAAAGAAUACAAGGACUUCUGGACCUACAAGAUCGAAGGUGGCAUCUUGCCUCCCUGGUUAACCCGGGCCGCCAAAGGAAAGAAAGACUUUUGGCGACCAUACGAGGACGUUGAACACAACAACAACGCCGGGCCAACUGGUACUCACCUUGACGGCCGGGAGGCCUCAGUGCAUGGAGAGAAGCACACUCCAGGUCCCGAGGUCGGCGAAUUCAGAGACGGUAGCACUUCAUCCGAUGGAGAGAAAGUCAAGGUGUAA